AUGCCUGUUCCAACCCCAAUCUAUGGCGACGGUCCCAACAGACUAGGUGCCAAGAUUUCUAAUCGCCACCGAGUCAACAGUCAUAUGAGAUAUGCCAUCAACGGCAUCACAAAACCAACUAUUAGACGUCUUGCCCGCAAAGGCGGCAUUUAUCGAAUUCGAUCCGAUAUCCACGACACAGUCAGGGGCGUCCUGCAGAAGCGUUUGGAAGAGAUCAUUAGGAAAAUCAUCAUUGUCAUAAGCCAGGAGUAUCCACCAGACCACCCAAAUUGUCGCAAGACCGUCACGACUCAAGAUGUCGUGUUUGUCCUUUACCGUAUGGGAAGAACGCUCUACGGCUUCGACCAGCCGUACUCGAACAAGAGUCGUCGUGCCAUCCUACCAUGGCAAGCUUGA